CGUAGAAGUCUGAAGUUUACUUUCACUUAGGCCUACUGUUAUUGAAAGAUCUACACGAAAUGUCGCAGUCAUCGUAAGACCACGCCGCAGGUAAUCAGGCAUGAGAUUUGGACUGUGCUGAGGAAGGGGAAGAUGGAGGUGAUGAAGCAGAGAGGGACUCUCAGGUCACCAGCAGGUGGAGUUCCACAUAUUUAUGACAUGAAGAUUGUGCUGCUGGGAAACAGAAAUGCUGGGAAGAGUUCAUCAGGAAACAGCAUCCUGGGCAGAGAGGAGUUUAGCACCUCAGGAAGAACAGCUGAGUGUGUGAAGAGAGAAGGAGAAACAGCAGGGAGACGCAUCACUGUAGUGGAGGCACCAGGAUGGUGGAAGAACUACACUGUAGAGGAAACUCCUGAACGUGAUAAACAAGAGAUUGUCCUCAGUGUGUCUCUGUGUCCUCCAGGACCCCAUGCUCUACUCCUGCUCAUUAGAGUGAGUCAGUCAUUCACAGAGACACACAGAAGAGCAGUGCAGGAACACAUGGAGCUGCUGGGUGAGAGAGUCUGGAGUCACACUAUAGUGCUGUUCACAUAUGGGGACUGUCUGGGAGACAAGACCAUUGAGCAUCACAUUGAGAGUGGAGGAGAGGCUCUGCAGUGGGUUGUAGAGAAAUGUGGGAACAGGUAUCAUGUUGUAGACAAUGAGAAGAGUGAUGGUGGCCAGGUGACAGAGCUGCUGGAGAAGAUAGAGGAGAUGGUGGCAGGAAACAGGGGCUAUCUGUUUGACUUUGACAGAAAUAUUUCUGAAAAACUCCAAGAGAAGAAGAAGGAAGCAGAGAGAAGAGCAGAGGAGAGGAAGAUGAAGGUGCACAAGCAGAGACAGACUCUCAGAUCAUCAGCAGGUGGAGUUCCACAUAUCUAUGACAUGAAGAUUGUGCUGCUGGGAGGCAGACUGAAGGGGAAGAGUUCAUCAGGAAACAGCAUCCUGGGCAGAGAGGAGUUUAGCACCUCAGGAAGAACAGCUGAGUGUGUGAAGAGAGAAGGAGAAACAGCAGGGAGACGCAUCACUGUAGUGGAGGCACCAGGAUGGUGGAGUAACUGCACUGUAGAGGAAACUCCUGAACGUGAUAAACAAGAGAUUGUCCUCAGUGUGUCUCUGUGUCCUCCAGGACCCCAUGCUCUACUCCUGAUCAUUAGAGUGGAUGAGUCAUUCACAGAGACACACAGAAGAGCAGUGCAGGAACACAUGGAGCUGCUGGGUGAGAGAGUCUGGAGUCACACUAUAGUGCUGUUCACCAGAGGGGACUGUCUGGGAGACACGACCAUUGAGCAGCACAUUGAGAGUGGAGGAGAGGCUCUGCAGUGGGUUGUAGAGAAAUGUGGGAACAGGUAUCAUGUUGUAGACAAUAAGAAGAGGGAUGGUGGCCAGGUGACAGAGCUGCUGGAGAAGAUAGAGGAGAUGGUGGCAGGAAACAGGGGCCAUCAGUUUGACUUUGACAUGAAUAUUUCUAAACAACUACAAGGGAAGAAGAAGAAAGCAGAGAGAAGAGCAGAGGAGAGGAAGAUGAAGGUGCACAAGCAGAGACAGACUCUCAGAUCAGCAGCAGGUGGGGUUCCACAUAUUUCUGACAUGAAGAUUGUGCUGCUGGGAGGCAGAAAUGCUGGGAAGAGUUCAUCAGGAAACAGCAUCCUGGGCAGAGAGGAGUUUAGCACCUCAGGAAGAACAGCUGAGUGUGUGAAGAGAGAAGGAGAAACAGCAGGGAGACGCAUCACUGUAGUGGAGGCACCAGGAUGGUGGAUGAACUGCACUGUAGAGGAAACUCCUGAACGUGAUAAACAAGAGAUUGUCCUCAGUGUGUCUCUGUGUCCUCCAGGACCCCAUGCUCUACUCCUGAUCAUUAGAGUGGAUUACUCAUUCACAGAGACAAACAGAAGAGCAGUGCAGGAACACAUGGAGCUGCUGGGUGAGAUAGUCUGGAGUCACACUAUAGUGCUGUUCACAUGUGGGGACUGUCUGGGAGACACGACCAUUGAGCAGCACAUUGAGAGUGAAGGAGAGGCUCUGCAGUGGGUUGUAGAGAAAUGUGGGAACAGGUAUCAUGUUGUAGACAAUGAGAAGAGGGAUGUUGGCCAGGUGACAGAGCUGCUGGAGAAGAUAGAGGAGAUGGUGGCAGGAAACAGGGGCCAUCAGUUUGACUUUGACAGAAAUGUUUCUAAACAACUACAAGAGAAGAAGAAGGAAUCAGAGAGAAGAGCAGAGGAGAGGAAGAUGAAGGUGCACAAGCAGAGACAGACUCUCAGAUCAGCAGCAGGUGGAGUUCCACAUAUUUCUGACAUGAAGAUUGUGCUGCUGGGAGGCAGACUUCUGGGGAAGAGUUCAUCAGGAAACAGCAUCCUGGGCAGAGAGGAGUUUAGCACCUCAGGAAGAACAGCUGAGUGUGUGAAGAGAGAAGGAGAAACAGCAGGGAGACACAUCACUGUAGUGGAGGCACCAGGAUGGUGGAGCAACUACACUGUAGAGCAAACUCCUGAACGUGAUAAACAAGAGAUUGUCCUCAGUGUGUCUCUGUGUCCUCCAGGACCCCAUGCUCUACUCCUGAUCAUUAGAGUGAUUGACUCAUUCACAGAGACAGACAGAAGAGCAGUGCAGGAACACAUGGAGCUGCUGGGUGAGAGAGUCUGGAGUCACACUAUAGUGCUGUUCACAUGGGGGGACUGUCUGGGAGACACGACCAUUGAGCAGCACAUUGAGAGUGAAGGAGAGGCUCUGCAGUGGGUUGUAGAGAAAUGUGGGAACAGGUAUCAUGUUGUAGACAAUAAGAAGAGGGAUGGUGGCCAGGUGACAGAGCUGCUGGAGAAGACAGAGGAGAUGGUGGCAGGAAACGGGGGCUAUCUGUUUGACUUUGACAGAAAUAUUUCUAAAAAACUACCAGAGAAGAAGAUGGAAGCAGCGAGAAGAGCAGAGGAGAGGAAGAUGAAGGUGCACAAGCAAAGACAGAAUCUCAGAUCAUCAGCAGGUGGAGUUCCACAUAUCUAUGACCUGAAGAUUGUGUUGCUGGGAGGCAGACUUAUGGGGAAGAGUUCAUCAGGAAACAGCAUCCUGGGCAGAGAGGAGUUUAGCACCUCAGGAAGAACAGCUGAGUGUGUGAAGAGAGAUGGAGAAACAGCAGGGAGACGCAUCACUGUAGUGGAGGCACCAGGAUGGUGGAACCACUUCACUGUAGAGGAAACUCCUGAACGUGAUAAACAAGAGAUUGUCCUCAGUGUGUCUCUGUGUCCUCCAGGACCCCAUGCUCUACUCCUGCUCAUUAGAGUGGAUGAGUCAUUCACAGAGACACACAGAAGAGCAGUGCAGGAACACAUGGAGCUGCUGGGUGAGAGAGUCUGGAGUCACACUAUAGUGCUGUUCACAUAUGGGGACUGGCUGGGAGACACGACCAUUGAGCAGCACAUUGAGAGUGGAGGAGAGGCUCUGCAGUGGGUUGUAGAGAAAUGCGGGAACAGGUAUCAUUUUGUAGACAAUAAGAAGAGUGAUGGUGGACAGGUGACAGAGCUGCUGGAGAAGAUAGAGGAGAUGGUGGCAGGAAACAGGGGCCAUCAGUUUGACUUUGACAGAAAUAUUUGUGAUAAACUGCCAGAGAAGAAGAAGGAAGCAGAGAGAAGAGCAGAGGAGAGAAAGAUGAAGGUGCACAAGCAGAGACAGACUCUCAGAUCAUCAGCAGGUGCAGUUCCACAUGUUUCUGACAUGAAGAUUGUGCUGCUGGGUAAGAGAAAUGCUGGGAAGAGUUCAUCAGGAAACAGCAUCCUGGGCAGAGAGGAGUUUAGCACCUCAGGAAGAACAGCUGAGUGUGUGAAGAGAGAAGGAGAAACAGCAGGGAGACGCAUCACUGUAGUGGAGGCACCAGGAUGGUGGAGGAACUGCACUUUAGAGCAAACUCCUGAACGUGAUAAACAAGAGAUUGUCCUCAGUGUGUCUCUGUGUCCUCCAGGACCCCAUGCUCUACUCCUGCUCAUUAGAGUGAGUCAGUCAUUCACAGAGACAGACAGAAGAGCAGUGCAGGAACACAUGGAGCUGCUGGGUGAGAGAGUCUGGAGUCACACUAUAGUGCUGUUCACAUAUGGGGACUGUCUGGGAGACACGACCAUUGAGCAGCACAUUGAGAGUGAAGGAGAGGCUCUGCAGUGGGUUGUAGAGAAAUGUCGGAACAGGUAUCAUUUUGUAGACAAUAAGAAGAGGGAUGGUGGCCAGGUGACAGAGCUGCUGGAGAAGAUAGAGGAGAUGGUGGCAGGAAACAGGGGCCAUCAGUUUGACUUUGACAGAAAUAUUUCUAAACAACUCCAAGAGAAGAAGAAGGAAGCAGAGAGAAGAGCAGAGGAGAGGAAGAUGAAGGUGCACAAGCAGAGACAGACUCUCAGAUCAUCAGCAGGUGGGGUUCCACAUAUUUAUGACAUGAAGAUUGUGCUGCUGGGAAACAGAAAUGCUGGGAAGAGUUCAUCAGGAAACAGCAUCCUGGGCAGAGAGGAGUUUAGCACCUCAGGAAGAACAGCUGAGUGUGUGAAGAGAGAAGGAGAAACAGCAGGGAGACGCAUCACUGUAGUGGAGGCACCAGGAUGGUGGAAGAACUGCACUGUAGAGCAAACUCCUGAACGUGAUAAACAAGAGAUUGUCCUCAGUGUGUCUCUGUGUCCUCCAGGACCCCAUGCUCUACUCCUGAUCAUUGAUGUGAGUAAGUCAUUCACAGAGACACACAGAAGAGCAGUGCAGGAACACAUGGAGCUGCUGGGUGAGAGAGUCUGGAGUCACACUAUAGUGCUGUUCACAUAUGGGGACUGUCUGGGAGACACGACCAUUGAGCAGCACAUUGAGAGUGGAGGAGAGGCUCUGCAGUGGGUUGUAGAGAAAUGUGGGAACAGGUAUCAUGUUGUAGACAAUGAGAAGAGGGAUGGUGGCCAGGUGACAGAGCUGCUGGAGAAGAUAGAGGAGAUGGUGGCAGGAAACAGGGGCUAUCUGUUUGACUUUGACAGAUAUAUUUCUGAAAAACUCCAAGAGAAGAAGAAGGAAGCAGAGAGAAGAGCAGAGGAGAGGAAGAUGAAGGUGCACAAGCAGAGACAGAUUCUCAGAUCAUCAGCAGGUGGAGUUCCACAUAUUUCUGACAUGAAGAUUGUGCUGCUGGGAGGCAGAGUGCAGGGGAAGAGUUCAUCAGGAAACAGCAUCCUGGGCAGAGAGGAGUUUAGCACCUCAGGAAGAACAGCUGAGUGUGUGAAGAGAGAAGGAGAAACAGCAGGGAGACGCAUCACUGUAGUGGAGGCACCAGGAUGGUGGAUGAACUACACUGUAGAGAAAACUCCUGAACGUGAUAAACAAGAGAUUGUCCUCAGUGUGUCUCUGUGUCCUCCAGGACCCCAUGCUCUACUCCUGCUCAUUAGAGUGAUUGACUCAUUCACAGAGACACACAGAAGAGCAGUGCAGGAACACAUGGAGCUGCUGGGUGAGAGAGUCUGGAGUCACACUAUAGUGCUGUUCACAUGUGGGGACUGUCUGGGAGACACGACCAUUGAGCAGCACAUUGAGAGUGGAGGAGAGGCUCUGCAGUGGGUUGUAGAGAAAUGUGGGAACAGGUAUCAUGUUGUAGACAAUACGAAGAGGGAUGGUGGCCAGGUGACAGAGCUGCUGGAGAAGAUAGAGGAGAUGGUGGCAGGAAACAGGGGCUAUCUGUUUGACUUUGACAGAAAUAUUUCUAAACAACUCCAAGAGAAGAAGAAGGAAGCAGAGAGAAGAGUAGAGGAGAGGAAGAUGAAGGUGCACAAGCAGAGACAGACUCUCAGAUCAUCAGCAGGUGGAGUUCCACAUAUCUAUGACAUGAAGAUUGUGCUGCUGGGAAACAGAAAUGAAGGGAAGAGUUCAUCAGGAAACACCAUCCUGGGCAGAGAGGAGUUUAGCACCUCAGGAAGAACAGCUGAGUGUGUGAAGAGAGAAGGAGAAACAGCAGGGAGACGCAUCACUGUAGUGGAGGCACCAGGAUGGUGGAGUAACUACACUGUAGAGAAAACUCCUGAACGUGAUAAACAAGAGAUUGUCCUCAGUGUGUCUCUGUGUCCUCCAGGACCCCAUGCUCUACUCCUGAUCAUUGAUGUGAGUGAGUCAUUCACAGAGACAGACAGAAGAGCAGUGCAGGAACACAUGGAGCUGCUGGGUGAGAGAGUCUGGAGUCACACUAUAGUGCUGUUCACAUGUGGGGACUGUCUGGGAGACACGACCAUUGAGCAGCACAUUGAGAGUGGAGGAGAGGCUCUGCAGUGGGUUGUAGAGAAAUGUGGGAACAGGUAUCAUGUUGUAGACAAUGAGAAGAGGGAUGGUGGCCAGGUGACAGAGCUGCUGGAGAGGAUAGAGGAGAUGGUGGCAGGAAACAGGGGCCAUCAGUUUGACUUUGACAGAAAUAUUUCUGAAGAACUACAAGAGAAGAAGAAGGAAGCAGAGAGAAGAGCAGAGGAGAGGAAGAUGAAGGUGCACAAGCAGAGACAGACUCUCAGAUCAUCAGCAGGUGGAGUUCCACAUAUUUCUGACAUGAAGAUUGUGUUGCUGGGAGGCAGAAAGGAUGGGAAGAGUUCAUCAGGAAACACCAUCCUGGGCAGAGAGGAGUUUAGCACCUCAGGAAGAACAGCUGAGUGUGUGAAGAGAGAAGGAGAAACAGCAGGGAGACGCAUCACUGUAGUGGAGGCACCAGGAUGGUGGAAGAACUUCACUGUAGAGCAAACUCCUGAACGUGAUAAACAAGAGAUUGUCCUAAGUGUGUCUCUGUGUCCUCCAGGACCCCAUGCUCUACUCCUGAUCAUUAAUGUGAGUAGGUCAUUCACAGAGACACACAGAAGAGCAGUGCAGGAACACAUGGAGCUGCUGGGUGAGAGAGUCUGGAGUCACACUGUAGUGCUGUUCACCAGAGGGGACUGUCUGGGAGACACGGCCAUUGAGCAGCACAUUGAGAGUGGAGGAGAGGCUCUGCAGUGGGUUGUAGAGAAAUGUGGGAACAGGUAUCAUGUUGUAGACAAUGAGAAGAGGGAUGGUGGCCAGGUGACAGAGCUGCUGGAGAAGAUAGAGGAGAUGGUGGCAGGAAACAGGGGCUACCCUUUCCAGUUGAAUAAGAGUAUGGAGAUUCCUCCGAGAUUAAGAGAACACACCCCUGGAGGAUCAUCUGGAUUUGGCUCUGCUCUAUCUGAGCUCACGAGGCCCUUUAAGCACCUCAAGACAGCUGCCUCCACUCAGAGCUCUGGCUAUGGCACAGGGGGGGCAGCAGAGGAGGCUGCAGCUGGAGAGAUGGGAGCUGAGAUCCACAGACCUGUACAUGGAGAUGAAAAUGUUUUUGUGGAUGUAUCUACAAUAAGCAUAUACAAUAAUUGCAUUGGAAGAGGAUCAUUUGGAGCAGUUUACAGAGGCUCAUACCAGGGAGCUCCUGCUGCUGUAAAGAUCAUCCCUAUUGGAGGCAGUUCAGUCAUCACAAAUGAGUUUCUCAUACCUUUGCGUUUGUCUCACCCCCGCAUUGUGCGGAUGAUGGCUGUAGCCAGAAGUGAGACACAGAUCCUCAUUGCUAAUGAGUACAUCCAUGGUGCCGACCUCAAUAAGGUUAUUUAUAAAGACACUCCCAUCAAGUUACAGUACAAGGAUAAGCUGUCUGUAGCUUUAGAUGUUGCUAUGGCUGUUGAGUACAUACAUGGAGAACGGAUCAUCCACCAAGAUUUGAAGCCUGCCAACAUAAUGAUUUCACAAGGCACCAGACAGGCCUAUCUCACUGACUGGGGCUUGGCGAACUUCAAAGAAACCAUGUCUGGAAGUGGUCAAACAGGAAAGGGUAAAACAGCAGUUUACUACGGUCCACUAGGAGGAACCCCUCCCUACAUGGCCCCAGAGUGCAUAGUAGAGUGUAAGAAAUGCAGUCCCAUGUCAGACAUGUGGUCUCUUGGCAUCACUCUUCUGGAGAUGUUCACAAACUCUGCACCUUGGCCAAGCAACAACCAGCAAGAAAUACGUGAACUUCUUUAUGAACAGCAGAGUCCUCAAGCUCUGGGUACACUACAGCCUGCUCUUCAUGACAUGUUGAAACCACUGAUUGAAUUUAAACCCAAUUCUCGCAUGAAUGCCAAAGAUCUGGUGGAGUUGCUAAAACCAAAAGUUGAUGUCAACAAAAGACAAUGAUUUCAAUUCAUAGGGACUGAAUUAACAACAGAAGAAUCUUACUGUAGAUGUCACUCUCACUGAAUUACAGUAAGAAGUAUUUUUAAGCCAUUAUAUCAGGUCUGUUAUCGUGAUGAAGUGAAUGUUUAAAUGGCAAAUGCUAAACAGAUUGUAAUGUUCAAAUUACAUGUAAUUACAAAAGAUUGUCAAAAGUACGUUCCUCCAGAUGUUGGUUAAGUGUUUGCUGCACUUUGAAAGUACGUUCAUUAUAUGUGAAUGCAAAAUGCAAAAUGCAGUAGCACAAAAGUUCAGCAGUAACUGUAGUUAUUUGUUCCAUUUUAAGUGUUGUGUAGCCAGAUGUAAUGUAAUCUUUUGUAAUGUUUUGUAAUGUUUUGUAUUACAUGAUGAAUUCCAUCCUGGCAGAGAGCAGCAUGUGAAUAAUAGCACAGUGAUCAUCAUUAUAAUCUGAUAUAUCCUUGAAUUAACUAUUAGAUGCAGACCUAAGAUAUCAUUGUAAGAUGCAGACUGCCACUGAUUGAGCUGUCAUGACAUUAAAUUGGAGUGUUUUUGUUUUUCUCAGCAAAUCUGAUAUAAAUUCAAUCUGUACAAUGGAAUUCUGAUGCAUUUUAAAAAAAUUAUUUUAAAAUGUUUUAAAAGUAAAAAAAAAAAGAGUGGUCAA